UGUUGCACGGUUUACGCAUGCAACACGAAACCCCACAAAUGCGACAAUCCCACAAAUCCAAGUUGAGUUUGGUUUUGUAAUUUCGGUCCAGAUUUUCCGCCAUGGGCUUGUGUUCGUCCUGCUGCAGAGGCUCUAGCGAAGAAGAGUUGAUCACGCCGGAUGCGGAAACUCGGCGGCAGCAACAGCGUGAAGCCGCGGAAAGACGACGAAUCGAGCAGGAAUCUCGCGGAAUCAAGGAUCUUGAUAAAGUUAGACGACAACAGCAGAGGGCACAGGAACAGGAUCGACGGGAGCAGGAAGCGUCCCGAAUGGGAGGGCAAUCCACGCUAAAAUGGCAGCAAGAUUAAAACCGGACGAAUACCCGCCGUGGCCCAUAACCAUGUUCGUGUGCAUCGGAACAACCAACUUUGGAAGCGUUUAUAAUGGCUAUUUAUGUUUUAUGUUUUUAAUAAAGUAACAUUUGAUGUUUU